GACCACGAUUGGCGCAGUUCUAUGGCCUUCAUGUCUGCUUGACCUUUGUUCGUCAGUGAACUUUUGUGAUGGGCGCAUUUGUCAUCCGACUGACACGGUCUGUUGGAUGUUCUGCUUGGAACUGUAUUUUAUAUGGACGUGUAUGCCUGUCUGUAUGAUAUGUUGAUGUUUGGACUGUAGACUGUGGUCGUGUUGUGUGUGGACAUGAGAUGUCCACUAUCCAAAUCACAAUAACGAUGACUUUUUCCGGGGCUCCAGUUGGAGUCUCGCUCACGGAGACAGCGAUAAGGCGCUUAUCUUUGGAGCUCUACCCUGAACUUUAUCCAAAUCCCCAAACCACGGACGUACAUAUAUUAUUCUGCAUCUCCUUGACUAAACAGCAAGUCACUGGAGAUGUGGCCUCUGUGGGCUUUGUACAUAACAUUCCUAUGUUGCUGGGUGACAGCCCAGCAAAACCUUCUCCUCAACCCUGGGUUUGAGUCUCCUCUAGACGGUCACUGGGAGGCCGAAGGUUUCACGUUUUCUUUGACGAAUGAUGCGCAUUCUGGUGAAUAUGCUUUCAAAUCGUCGGGCAGGACAGCCGCCUGGCAAGGCCCCACCCAACAGGUGAUGCUGCAGCGGGGACGAGCGUACACACUGACCGCCUGGGUCAAGCAGCUGAACGACAAGCCGGGCAAGGUGUUCCAGGUGUACCGCGCCGCCGUCGUCUUGCGUUACAGUGACGCAAGUACGACUGACCGUCUCUUUGUUAUCGACCACAGCAUGGUGAGGGCUGCAGAUGGUUGGUUCCAGAUGACUGGAUACUUCAGAACCCCUGACAGAGCCUUGUCUUCAGCCCAAGUGCACUUCCAGGUGCAGGAGCCUGGUGUAGACUUUUUGAUGGACGACACGUCGCUGCAGGAGCUCGUCGAUGAUGUCCGAUGGAAGGAAGCAGCUGAUCGCCGCAUACAGGAGCUGCGCACCGGGAACAUUCACAUGCAGUUCACUCUGCCCAGAGGAGUGCUCGCUCAAGACGUCAACGUUGAGGUUUCUCUGAAAAAACAUGAGUUUGGUUUUGGUACCUUGAUACAAGACAGCUGGUUGACAGACUCUGUCCACACCAAGUACCAGGAGCAAGUGUUCAAGUUGUUUAACACAGCCACUACUCAAGGUGUGAAAUGGAAGUUUGACCGCGGAACUCAGUUCCAUCCGGACUUCAGUCGAGCUGUUCACUCUAUCAAUCUUCUGAGAGAAAAGGGAAUACGCGUUCGUGCCCACAACAUGUUUUGGGGUUUUGAGAAAAAUCUGCCCGACUACGUAAAAACAAUGUCAGCAUCGACACUAAACACCACAGUACAUGAACGUCUUGUCUACAUGACCAAUCUCAUCAAAGGCAAAGCUGAACACUGGGAUGUCGUGAAUGAGCUCCUCCAUGGUCAGUGGUUUGAGGAUCGCAUGGGCGACCCGUUAUACAGCGAGCAUCUGUACAGAGAGGUUCACAACCUUGACCCUUACCCCCAGCUCUUCCUCAACGACUACUCCGUGGCAGCGCGAGCAGAAGCUACUGAUGCUUACCUCCAGCUGGCUAGAAAGUUCUUGGCUCAUGGUGUUCCAGUCCAUGGUCUUGGCGUUCAGAGUCACUUCCACACCGCUGUUCCCGAUCCAACACUCAUAAUGGCUAUCCUGGACCACCUGGCUCAAGCUGGGUUACCCAUAUGGGCAACAGAGUUGGACGUCUGGCAGGAGGACCGGGCAAAGCGGGCAGACUACUACGACACGGUGCUGCGCCUCUUCUUCUCACACCCAGCGGUCAAAGGUGUCAUCUUCUGGGGCUUCUGGGACCAGGAUGUGGUCGACAGCCGCUCUGCGCUGGCUGAGGGCAGUAAUGUUGAACUAAAUGAAGCAGGCCAUCGUUUUGUUGACUUGACUCAGCGAGAGUGGAGCACCAACGUUAGUGUCAAUCUCGCAUCAAAUACAUUUUUUAACAUCACGGGGUUCAAGGGCGAGUAUGAGGCGAAAGUUAUGUACCACAACUCGCUAAUCAAGGUUAUCCCCUUUACCUUAUCCAAUGAAAGGAUCAGCAUCAGCGUGGACAUUGAAGGUAACAUUUACUUGUUUUAAACUGUCAUAUCAAGUUUACUAGGAUCAUUCACUGCAGUUAUGACAAAAUUUGCAGGUGAAUAAUAUGGCCAUUGCUAUUAGAAUGAUGGGGAGUGAUAAAUGUUGAUAGCAAAAAGAUUAAAAAAAUCUUAAUGGUACUUAGUUCUGACGAAGACUUUCAUAUUUUUCAGUCCAGUUAUUGAAAGGAAAUGGUUUAAUCCACUUCAGUAUAUCCACUUGUACCUUGUACAGGAGAUGUUUCCCCUAUGCAACAGAUUAAUCCAGUCACUAUGCUGUUUGUCUUUAGUACACUGCUAAA